GUUAGAUGUAUAAAUUUAAAUAAAUUAAUAUAUCCAAAAAUAUUUUUCAUAAAGAAGAUAUAAAGCUACAAUAAAGUGGAGGUGAAUUGCAUGUGGAAAAAGUGGACCCACAAAGUUGAGCUUCUGGCAAUUAGCAGCCCAACCAGAACCACUGCAUGUGCACUUGUCUUUUUUAUCAUUUAUUACACAAUUUUGCUUACUCUUUGGCCGGCUAUCAACCCCAUCUCGUGUCUCCCCUCUCCAAUUUUCUCCUUCAAAUUUCUUCAACUCCCCAUUAUAUAUACACCACUCCAUUUGCUUCAUUCUUCACUCCACCCUUAACUUCAACUGAAAAGUCACAACGCUCUAUUGCCCAUAUAUACACACAAUGGAUGUAACCUUAAUGGCUUUUGUAACACUUGCUUUCUUCAAUCUACAGUUUCAUAGUAUUAAAGGUGAUUAUGGUGGUUGGCAAAGUGCUCAUGCCACUUUCUAUGGUGGCGGUGAUGCUUCUGGAACCAUGGGAGGAGCAUGUGGAUAUGGAAAUUUGUAUAGUCAAGGCUAUGGAACAAAUACUGCAGCACUAAGCACAGCCUUGUUCAACAAUGGAUUGAGUUGCGGCUCGUGUUAUGAAAUGCGGUGCAAUGAUGACCCAAAAUGGUGCCUCUCGGGGACUAUCACUGUCACCGCCACCAACUUUUGCCCUCCAAACUAUGCCCUGCCGAAUAACAAUGGUGGUUGGUGCAAUCCUCCCCUUCAACAUUUUGACUUGGCUCAGCCUGCUUUCCUUCAAAUUGCUCAGUAUCGCGCUGGAAUUGUACCUGUCGUCUUCAGAAGGGUCCCAUGUGUGAAGAAAGGGGGAAUUAGGUUCACCAUUAAUGGGCAUUCAUACUUCAACUUGGUUUUGAUCACCAACGUUGCGGGUGUAGGAGAUGUCCAUGCAGUGUCAAUUAAAGGGUCAAGAACAGGGUGGCAAACUAUGUCCAGAAAUUGGGGCCAAAACUGGCAAAGCAAUUCAUACCUUAAUGGACAAAGCAUUUCAUUUAAAGUCACCACCAGUGAUGGUAGAACUGUCAUGAGUUUCAACGUGGCACCUUCUAAUUGGCAGUUUGGCCAGACUUUUCAAGGGGGUCAAUUCUAAAUUUUCUCACCAUAUAUUAUUCAUACUUUGUAAUACAUUAGCCAGUUUCGUAAUGUCAAUUGUAUAGUAUUGAACAGUAUUAUAAUUUUAUAGACUAUAUUGUUCAAUUCUAUUACAUAUUACAUAUCGAACAUGUCUUAAAUUUAGUACCAUGUAUACCAAGAGAGUGUAGUGAGGUACAAGAAGCGGCCAUGAAACUGAGGUUGCUAUUUAGCAGCCCGUUUGGCUUUAUUUGCUUAUAUUCCUAUUAUCUUGUGAUUUUGAAAAUUGUACUCUU